GCUGGCCUCCCGGCGCGCCCCUCCUGUUUCUCCCCUAAAAAAAGUUCAAGUCGCAGCUGUCGGGCUACGAGAGUAGCAGAAAUCUGGGAGCUACCUAGGAUAGAGGAGUCAUGGCUUCUCCGUCCAAAGGCAAAGACCUGUUUUCCUCCGAUGAGGACGGCCCGGUGAUGGUGGCCGGGCCGGGCCCGGGGCCUGGGGGCGCCGAGGGGGCUGCGGAGGAGCGCCGCGUCAAGGUCUCCAGCCUGCCUUUCAGCGUGGAGGCGCUCAUGUCGGACAAGAAGCUUCCCAAGGAGGCGUCCCCAAGGCCGACCGACAGUGCGUCCGCCGGGGCCACCGUGCGGCAGCUGCUGCUGCCGGGACACGGCGCCGGGGAAGCGCACAGCCCCAGGCCGCCGGUCAAACCCUUCGAGACCGCCUCGGUCAAGUCGGAAAACUCCGAGGACCGAGCGGCGUGGAUGCAGGAACCUGGCAAAUACUCGCCGCCGCCAAGACAUUUGAGCCCUACCACCUGCACCCUGCGGAAACACAAAACCAAUCGGAAGCCACGCACACCGUUCACCACUUCCCAGCUCCUGGCUUUGGAGCGCAAGUUCCGCCAGAAACAGUACCUGUCCAUUGCUGAGCGUGCUGAGUUCUCUAGCUCUCUGAACCUCACUGAGACCCAGGUCAAAAUCUGGUUCCAGAACCGAAGGGCGAAGGCUAAGAGACUACAGGAGGCUGAAUUGGAAAAGCUGAAAAUGGCUGCAAAACCUAUGCUGCCCUCCGGCUUCAGUUUCCCUUUCCCCAUCAACUCGCCCCUGCAAGCAGCAUCCAUCUACGGAGCCUCCUACCCCUUCCAUAGACCUGUGCUCCCCAUUCCGCCCGUCGGACUCUACGCAACGCCGGUUGGAUAUGGCAUGUACCACUUAUCCUAAGGAAGAGCAGAUCAAUAGACUCCAUGAUGGAUGUUUUUAUAAAGGGUUCCCUUUCCCUCUCCAAGAAAGCAGUACCAGCCCAGUACUCCUCCUUCUGCAAACCUUGCUUUUGCACCAUCCUAAGCAGCCUAGGCCAUCAGGGACACACGACAUAGUUUGAAUUUGUUCUUUAGGCUGGAGGCACCAAGCUACGUUUCCUUGGUGUCAUCUUCCAGAGGCCCUGUUUCUUUCAGAAAGAUUGGCUCUGACAGUUUUUGUAUAUAAGUAUAUAUAUAUGUAAUAAAAUAUAAUACAUUUUUAUACAGCGACAUAAAAAUUCAAAUUAUUUUGAAAAGCAAAAUUAUAUACAUACAUACAUAUAUAUAUAUAUAUACUUUUUCUGUAUAUUGCCUUCCUAAAGGAGACUGCUGAAUUAUUUUUUGUUUUUGUUUUUUGUCUUUUUUUUUCUUGGUAGGGGAAGACAAAUUAUUUGCUAAAAAUGUGUCUACAAAUUUGGUGAUUUCAAUUGGUUUGGUUGACUUGCUUACAGAAAGCAAAUAUUAGAAUUAGACACAAUGUGCAUAGAAAGUAGAUAUGGAUAGAUUCCUCAGAGGGAAAGGGACACAUCCCAUUUUUGCAUUUUUAUAUGCGUAAAAAAGCGCAUUCAAUACGGUCAUACUUGGCCUAGUUUUUUCCCCUCUCUCCACAUUGCUGAAGUUUUACUUUAUUUUAUUUUUUUUUCUUUUGGAAAGAUCAGUAAAAGGGGGAUGAGAAGAAUCCUGAAUGCCUGGGGGAUAAGGUGGAAAAGGGGAGGACUUCCUAAUUCCGCUCAAGGCUGUUGCUUAACUCCAUUUCAGAUAACUGGAGAGCGAAAAGUUAAAGGAUGUCAGGAGGAAUUGAUGGUUUCAGAGAAAUCCUCACACAUUGCAAAGGUGAUUUUUUGUAUGUGUGGGAAGUGAAAUUUUAUGCUUAAGAAAUGAAAAUCUUGUAACCGCUACCUAUUUGCUAAAUAUUCUUGAAUACUUAAUAGUGCAGAAAGAAAAAAAAAUCAUGUUCUCUCUGUGUGCGUAAACUAUUGUGUGUGCUAAACUUAUUAGAGAAACUUAUAUACUUUUCAAUGUGUUGGGAGCAGAGGAUAAAGCCUUGUUCUGACUUGCUAAAAAUGGUGUUGACAGACAGCCCGUUUAGCUCCCUGGCAUUUCACUCUCCUGUUCAUUGGCAUUGCCCUCCCCACCCUCGAUAUACUUGCAUCCCUUUGAAAGGGUGCCUUGUACAAUUAUAUAUAUUUUAAUGAAGAGUUAUUUCUUCUCUUAUUCUGAAUUAAAUUAAACAUUUGUUUUAUUGCAGUAAA